AUGCCUUCGCUAGCCGGGAAGCCGAUCAGCCAGAAUGGCCUAGGUCUUAUGCGCCUGACCUGGAAAGAUGAUGUCACACCCGACGAAAAAGCUUUCAAGAUUCUCAAGGCUGCCCUCGCCGCCGGCGUCAAUGUCUGGAAUGGAGCCGACUUCUACGGCACGCCUGACAACAACUCUCUACACCUUAUGAACCGUUAUUUUACCGCCUAUCCUGAGGACGCUGAAAAGGUCGUUCUUACAAUCAAAAGUGGCAUCAAGGAUAUGCGAACUUUCACUAUGGACUGUUCCCCCGAGGCAAUCCGGGAGUUUGUGAAGCGCGCAAACGCCAUCCUCGACGGAAAGAAGAAAAUCGACAUCUUCGGUUGUGGACGGGUCGACAAGAACGUGCCAAUUGAGGAUACCGUCAACGCACUAGCGGAACUCGUGAAAGAGGGCAAAAUAGGUGGCAUCCAGCUGAGCGAAGUCAGUGCCAAUACCAUUCGGCGCGCGGCAAAGGUAGCUAAGAUCGACAUGGUCGAGGCGGAGAUCAGUCUGUGGGCAACUGAUGUCUUUGGAAAUGGCGUUGCUGAGACCUGUGGUGAAUUGGGAAUUCCGAUGGUGGCUCAUACUCCUCUUGGUGCUGGUAUGCUUACGGGUCAGAUCAAGAGUCUGGAUGAUAUGCCCGCGAAUGACCACCACCGAUUCUUCCCGCGCUUUCAGCCCGAGAAUUUCCAGACUAACUUGCGUCUGGUGGCAAAGAUAAAUGAAAUGGCAGGGAAAAAAUCUUGUACAUCUGCCCAGCUUGCCCUUUCGUGGAUUAAGGCUCAGAGUCGGCGCGAAGGAAUGCCGGUCUUUGUGCCUGUUGCCGGCGCCAGAUCUGAACAGAGAGUUGUGGAGAACGCGACGGAUAUUCCAUUGUCAGAGGCCGAUAUGGCUGAGAUCGAGGCUAUCCUAGACCAAUUCCCAGUUGCGGGAGAUCGGUACCCCCCUGCCGCUGCAAAGCUCACGGAGUACUAA